GAAGCGGCGGUGCUGCGGUGCUGCGUGGAGUGGGGUGCGUGCAAGGAACGGGAGUUGGGUGUGCAGAAAGGUUUUUUUUUCUCCUUGCGCACCGAACCACUGCAGGUCUGCACAGAAAGCCAGGGACAUCGACGCACAGGGUUUUUCUGCAGCUUUAUGCGUGAAAAGGAAUUGAUUCUCGCGCGCGUGUGCGUGGGUAUUGGGACGUUUAUUUUGCUUGCAGUCUAUGCAAACCCAAACCUUUUGCAAGGACUCAGCUCGGUGCUGCAGUGCCCCUGAAAUCACUGGCUGGGUGUAAAGGUAAAGGCAUGCAUGCACAGGAGGGGGUCCAGCCCAGCCCCCGGGCUGUAGGGAACAAAAGGUUCUGGCUGUGCACAAGGAACUGAUGCCCCAAAGGCACGUGCUUGGGGACCAGUAAAUGCAUCAGAACAGGGCCCAACAGCAAGCCCUGGCGUUAGGAAUUUGCCCAGAGAAUAUUGCACACAGCAGUAUUGGCCAGGAAGUUAAAAAAAAAACAACAAGAAAAGAACCCCAAACUGGAGCUGAACUGCUGCUUUAUAGUCACAUCUCUUGUUGCAUGCCAACCCCCACAGCUGUGUGUCACGGCCUUUGUGUCACAGCCUUUGUGUCCCGCUCAGUGCAGAGCAAGCAAGCAGCGAGCACAGCAUCCUCCUGCUUGCAGCAGCCGAGAGGUGAAGCUGCACCGUGCCACGUGGAGGCAAGCAGAGGUCCGGGCUGCUCUCAGCCAUUACCCGGCCUGGCUCUGCUUUCCCUCUGUAGGGAAGAAAUGAGAGCAUCCCCGAGGCUAUGAGCUGUCUGGCUGGCAGCUGUUCCUGUGGCAGUCCGGGCUUGUUACUGCUUAAUGCUAUCCUGAGCAGAAUUUUUGGCAGGGGGGCACGUGGCUAAUGGGCCACACUGGGAAGGAACACAUUUUGGCAUCUUAAAGAUGUGCAGCUGUAAUCUGCCCUGACAGCCCAGCAGCCCCACACCAACAUACAGUGCUGGGCACCGAUGGGGCGGAGGGAGAACAUUUCUGGGCACCCACACAGCACUGCAAAACCUACCUGUGCUGCAAGGCCGGGUUGCACGAUGUGCUAUAUGCAGUGCAUGCAGCUUAUUCCACUGCUUGCAAGUUGCUCAUGGUUCCAACCACCAGGAUGCUUGGGGAAUGGAACCUCUGCAGGCCAGGGCUUGUUCCCCAGCUCAGUCAUACACCCCAGCAGCUCCAUGCAGAACAGGCUGCUUGCCAGGGCGUGAGCUUUUGCUCUGUGCAUGUGUUUCCUUAAGACUGCGGGGAUCUCUCUUCCUUCUUCAGUGCACAGCUGAAGGGCAAGUGCUCCUCAGCUCAGCUCUGCCAGCUGGGCCCUAUUUCCAUAGGAUUCUUCCAAAAAGCAGUCCUGUGCACCAGCAGCCUCGCAAUAAGGCCUUCCUGAGUGCAUCUCCCACCUGCAGCCCUUGGGAGCUCCGAGGAGCGCUCGCUGGAAAGGUAACAGCACUGCCCAUAUUGCAGAUCUUGCAUGGCUUCUCAGCUGUUCUCUUCCAGGCAAUCCAAUCCCCUUCUGACUUUUUACCUUCUCAUCCCCCUCUGCUUUCAUGCUUUAGCCUUUCAGCCUCUGGGUGAUGAAACAUUGCUGAUUUUAGGCAUGAGAACAACAAAAUGACCAGAGGUGACAGACUGAUGUCUUUCUUAAAGGCACAGCUUCGCUCUUCCAGUUCUCCUCUGUCCUCCUGGGGUUUGGCAGACGGACUGCUGGGUGCUCUGGGAAUGGUGUCAACCUCCUGACCUGUGGCACUGCCCAGCUGUGCUGCUCAGCCCGAGCAGGGUGAUGCUACUAGAGUGCCUUUCCCAGCAGCUACCCAUCAGAGAUUGAGAUCUGAGGGUAAACUGGAAGCUUUUGGAGCAGUUGGAUGUGAAUUCCAAGCUCUGUGCAACCUGAGCCCUGGUCUGGUCAUCCUGCUGGUGGGCGAGUGGCCAGCUGCUGUUGGGAGAUGGUGUUUGGUACUGAACCAAGAAUGGGAGCCAGCAGACAGUAUGGGUGAAACAAAUAACAGCUCCUUUGUUGUCUGAAUGAGUGCACAGCACUCAUGCAAAAAAAAAAAAAAAGGCUAUCAAGCAGGCUUCUCUGCUGCAAAACAGGUAUGGCACAGACAGGGAGGAUUUACAUUUCCUUCUUGAUGCUGUCCUGCCCUAAAAAUCAACCAGGUUCUCAUGGGAAAUGCUCUCAGCUCCCGUUGCACAGGCUGUGGUGAUGGCAGUGGGAGUGUGCAGCCUCUCCCAGUGUGCUGGUGGCAUUGCCCACCCAUCUGUCCACCAAGCCGUGCAGUGCUAGGGAAUUAAUGCUUGCACAGCCCUUUGCAGGUGCAAAGUGCAGUGGAUGGGCUCAUCCCAAACCUCACUGCAUUGCCUCUGGCCACGGAUGUCACAGCUGCUCAAUGCGCCGUGCAGCUCAUUUUGGGCAGCAGGGAUGUGCUCUGGGGAAGUGCAGAGUACCUGCAGCCCUACUGAGGUCAGGUGAAACAUCCCAGCUACAGCAUGUUGCAAAAGUUGCACUAAGGAUGAAUUCCCUGCCAGCCCCAGCUCCCAGCUGUGGGCUGCUUUUAUCCCAAGCCAAUCAAUGGAGUGCAUAGGGUGAUGGGCAACUGCGGGGUCACUGUACCCUCCUAGUGCAGCUCAUGCUCUGUGCUGCCGUCUGGAAUCCAGGAGUGCACCCAGGUAUGAACACUGAAGUGUCUCCUCAGCAGAUUUCAAGGUUUAUUUACCCAAGCGGAUCCACACGGAUUAGGAAGUGCAUCGCAGGGCACGUUUGGUUAGUUCAGCCCCAGCACAGUUCAGUGCAGCUGUCAAGAUAAAUGAUUUCUUUAGGGGAGAGAAGGAAAAGUAUGCAUUUGCUUAAUUAACUCCAUAUUAUGGCAGUUCCCAAACAUUAAACACAUGCUGCACAAAACCGCCAACCAGGAGUGCCUUGCAAGGCUGCUUUUUGCUGGGCUGUGAUGGCUGGGGAAGGCAAACAUCUGGCAAGGUACUGAGCAGCUACAGGAGCCCACAGGAGCAUCGGGGCACCCAAAGCCUCUCAGCUCUGAUGUGAAUCCCUCUAACAGCCAAUGGGGCUUUGCAGAACCAUACAGUCAUUCCAGUUGAAAAAGAGCUCCAGGAUAAUCAUUUUCAAAGGAGCCAAGUGCCUACAGCACACCGUGGGGCGGGAUGGGAGCUGGAGGGGCUCAGCUGGGAGGAAAUGGGCAUUUUUGCUUCCUGGGUGUUCUUAAAGACAAGUGCUCCCCAUCUCCAUCUGGCUGCAGAUGCAGGAAGAGAUGCUCAUCCCGACGGCCCUAUUGCUGCUGCAGCUGCUGAGCUGCUCCCACGCCGUGCACUGGACCUACCGAGAGGGUGAGCUGGAUGAAGAGCACUGGGGGCUGCACUUUGCUGCCUGUGCUGGCAAGCAGCAGUCUCCUAUUGACAUCCAGAGGAAGAAGGUGGUGCACAACGUGCAGCUGCUGCAGCUGGAGCUGAGCGGGUACAGCCGACCGCUGCAGGGGGACUUCACCAUGACCAACAACGGGCACUCGGUCCAGAUUGAUUUGCCACCCACCCUGUCCAUCUCCCGUGGGCUCCCGCACCCCUACACCGCAGUGCAGAUGCACCUGCACUGGGGAGGCCUGGACCUGGAGACCAGCGGCUCCGAGCACACGCUGGAUGGGAUGAGAUACGUGGCAGAGCUGCACAUCGUCCAUUACAACUCUGCAGACUACUCAAGCUUUGAAGAAGCCAAAGACAAACCCAAUGGAUUGGCGGUGCUUGCCUUCUUGUAUGUGGAAGGACACCUGGAGAAUACCUACUACAGUGAAUUCAUUUCCAAACUGGCAAAAAUCAGGUUUGCAGGUCAGUCAACCAAGCUCACCUCUCUGGACGUCCAAGCCAUGCUGCCAGAAAACCUCUCACACUUCUACAGGUACCAGGGCUCGCUCACAACCCCACCCUGCUCUGAAAGUGUCACCUGGACCGUUUUCGACUCUCCCAUCAUCCUGUCACAUGCACAGAUCGGCCUGCUGGAGAACACCUUGCUGGACUGGCACAACAGGACGCUGCGCAACGACUACCGGCACGCACAGCCCCUGCACGGCCGCGUGGUGGAGGCCUCCUUCCAAGCCAGGCCCAGACAAGAACAAUGCCAGCCAGAAGAACUCAGCCUCAAACUGGAACAAAUCCAGACACAACUCCGAGACAUGAAGAAAGAGUUCCUGAACGGAGUGAGCCACACAGGUAUUACAUCCAGCACUUUUCCAGCUUUCUACUUCCCCAUGGAAAACAUUGAAAGUUUUGUGGAGGUUCGUCCCAGCCAUGAGAUGUCUCUCCAAGCCUUCACUCUGUGCUUCUGGACACAAGCCCAGCACGUGGGCACUCAGACUGUUCUCUCCUACUCUACACGGGAGAGGGACAACGAGCUGGUGAUGACCACAGGCACAGACGUGGGACUGUGGAUAGGAGGCCAUUUUGUCAGCUUCCCCCUCUACCGCAAGGCACAGGACUGGCUGCAUUACUGCAUGGCGUGGGCUUCCCAGUCUGGAAUAGCAAGUCUGUGGCUCAAUGGAGCUGCUGGUGAUGCAAAGAGCAUCCAGAAAGGCUAUGUGAGCCAGGCUGGAGGGAAGCUUGUCCUUGGAAAGGACAGAGACACUCUUCUUGGGACAUUCUCCAAUGGGUUUGCAGGGUGGAUGACGCACGUGAACCUGUGGAGCCAAGUCCUCAGCCCUGCAGACAUUCGGGCACUUGCACAGUGCAAAGCAGGAAAGCUGAAGGGAGAUGUCAUUGCAUGGGGGGAAACCCCCGUGACCCUCUUUGGGGGGGUGGUGCUGGAGGCUGACACCAGCUGUCAGUGA